CGAUUAAAUGAUCCUGUGCCCACGCCAAAACAAAGCAAAGCGCAAUUAAUUAAUUUAAUUUGAAUUUUUAAAGCGACAGCGGAUUGUGGGAUGUCCAAGCCGCGGUCCGGUAAGCUCCAGACGCCCUCCGGCGGCGCUGGCUUUGACGAGGCGGACGCGGUCAAGCUGUGGAUCCACUGCAGCAGGUGCUACGAGCUGUUCGCCGAGAAGAGGUUCGGCUUCUUCCUGCUCGCGUGCCACCACGUUUUCUGUGAGAAGUGCAUCAAGGUGACGGCCGGGCGCACGCCCAGCGACGCCCCCAUCUACGAGUGCUCCACCUGCAAGGGCAGAGUGCGCGGCCGCCAGAUAACCAACAUGAUGCCGAAGCUCUUCAAGGACUACUUCCACCCGGAGCCCUACAACCUGACCAACGACACCGUGGAGAAGUUCCAGAAGCGCAACCACAUGCACUUCGACAGGUUCAAGAAAAGGAAGGAGUUGGAAGUGAACAAGUUGACCAAGGACACCGAGUUGGCCAGGGCCCUGUGCCAAAAGCGCCUGCAGGAGAUGCAGAUGCUGCGCGUGGAGCGCAAGAAGCUGUCGCAGCGGAUGAAGCACAUAAAACUGGUGAAUCAGAAGGCGGAAAUGCAAAGGAUUGCCCAGGCCCAGGUGAACCGCUCGCUGGAGACGACAAAGUCAUCAUCACCUGCACCGGAUUCCACUCGUGCACGCAUUCGAGGUAGUGAAGACUCCCAGGCCCCCAGGCGAAGAGCUUCAAAGGACUCGACUCGCAGUACUCAAUCUAAGCGAAGGCAUGUCACCGGCUUCAGGCAUCACCCAAAUCACUCCUUCAUUCUCUAAUCUAAUUUUCGAAUAAGAAACUCUACAAUAUCGUUGAGUAAAUAGCUUAAAACUCAUGUAAAUAGCUUGGAACUGCGAAAGUAAGAUGUUUUUGGACUCAAAAGUACUCUAACCUUUACAUUAUCAACUUGGUUAUCCGAAUAAAAGUUUACGUUAAACAUUAAA